UUUAGUUCCCUUCUCAGCAGCUCCUAACAUCACUGUCAAAGGAAGCUUUAUUGUACCUACAGUCCCAGAAACAACUCACACUUUAUUUCAGUUUUAGAUUUUCAUAACUGGAAGAAGAAUCUGGAAGUUUGUUAUCUAGAGAGUGAGCACUGUUCGUGUCUGCAACAGGAAGGCAGCUGUGUGCAUAUCAGGUUUUCCUGACAGGUUGUUCUAUAGCAACAUCAUGCGGCACUUGAAACUUUACUGAUUAGCAGCUUAGGCAAUGAUUGGGCCACUGGCUGGGUUUUUCAUAACCCAGGGAGCUUGUCAAGAAAAUGGGACUGACCCUGAGAGGGAAAAGAGGUGGACUGAGCUGUUUGAGCAGCUGGACACUAACAAGGAUGGACGAGUGGACAUUCAUGAACUGCAAGAAGGACUCAGGGCACUGGGGAUGACCCAUCAUGAUGCUGGACAGAGAAUACUACAGGCAGGAGACAGAGAUAAUGACGGCCUGUUGGACUUCGAGGAGUUCACUCACUACCUGCAGGAACGUGAAAAGAAGCUGCAUUUGAUGUUUAAAAGUCUGGACAGAAACAAUGAUGGUCAGAUUGAUGCGUCAGAAAUUCAGCAUUCCCUCCAGUCUCUAGGCAUUGAUGUGUCCUUGCAACAGGCUGAGAAGAUCCUGUUAAGUAUGGACAGAGACGGCACAUUGACAAUUGACUGGAUGGAGUGGAGAGACCAUUUCUUACUGAACCCCUUGGCUGAUAUGGAGGAGAUUCUGUACUACUGGAAACACUCCACAGUCUUGGACAUUGGGGAGAGUUUGACAGUCCCAGAUGAAUUCUCACAGAAGGAAAUUCGAACAGGGAUGUGGUGGAAGCAGCUGAUUGCGGGUGGAAUGGCGGGGGCAGUGUCACGUACAGGUACUGCUCCUCUGGACCGCCUCAAAGUCUUUAUGCAGGUCCAUGCAUCUAAGUCCAACAGCCUGGGCUUCAUCAGUGGGUUAAGAACCAUGAUCCAUGAAGGGGGCAUCCGGUCCCUUUGGCGUGGCAAUGGGAUCAAUGUUCUGAAGAUUGCCCCUGAGUCGGCCAUCAAAUUCAUGGCUUAUGAGCAAAUCAAAAAAGUCAUUCGUGGGAAACAGGAAACCCUGAGGGUGCAGGAACGAUUUAUUGCGGGGUCUCUAGCAGGUGCCACCGCGCAGACUGUCAUCUACCCCAUGGAGGUUUUAAAGACCCGAAUGACCCUACGUAAGACUGGUCAGUAUUCCAAUGUAGCAGACUGUGCCAAGAAGGUUUUCCUGAAGGAGGGAGUACAAGCCUUUUACAAAGGAUACAUUCCUAACCUAUUAGGAAUUAUUCCCUAUGCUGGGAUUGACUUGGCUGUAUAUGAGACGCUGAAGAACACUUGGUUACAGAAGUAUAGCACCAACUCAGCUGACCCCGGGGUACUGGUACUCCUCGCCUGUGGAACCAUCUCCAGCACCUGUGGACAGCUUGCCAGUUACCCAUUGGCUCUAGUUCGAACCCGAAUGCAAGCCCAAGCUUCCACUGCAGGGAUGCCUCAGAAAACCAUGACAGGACAGUUCAAAUACAUCCUCUCAAAUGAGGGCAUUCUUGGACUUUAUCGUGGAAUUGCCCCAAAUUUCAUGAAGGUCAUUCCUGCAGUCAGCAUCAGCUAUGUUGUGUAUGAAAACAUGAAACUGCUUCUGGGAGUUACAUCCAAGUGAGGCUCUUCAAUGACAUACUGAAUAGUAGCACACCAGCCUUUUUACCCACUGUCAGUGAUUUUACAGUAAUCCAGAUAUAGUACCUGUCUGUGGUCCUGGGUAAAAGUACAGCCAUCUAAAUGGUAUGCCCCGAAAAUGAUCUUAUCUCCUUAUAAACCAUAGUAAGUCAAAGGGCAAGACCGACUUAGUGAAUACAGUGACUCAUCUGCCUGCCUAGUAGCAUCAUACUUUAGCCUCAGACUUGGCUGAAGAAGGAAUCAAACCUGGAUCUUCUUUUCGGCUGCUAGUUUAUUUAAGUGGGAACAUUCUCCUUCAGCCAUGUUUCUUUUAUAAACUAAUGGCAGUAGUUAACUGCUUCGGAGGCCACAUAUGGAUGUCACUAAUGUGGAUGUACCUAACAUUGGCAGUGAAGGAACCAGUGACUCCUACUUAGAAACCUUACAAAAUGGAUGAUGAUUACAUUGCAUUGGAGGGCACCAGAUGAGAGCAGAAAUGAAGUUACAGACAGCUAAGUGUUACAUUCCUAGCAGGUGUUUUGGGCUCUAUACAGUUCUUUUACAUACCACGGCUGUUGCUACAUGACCAUUGUAUCUAGAAGCCCAUUUGGAGGAGUCACGAACAGCCAUAACAGCAUGGCACUCCUGUCUUGAAGGUAUUCUCCCCAUGUGGGUAAAAGGGCUAAGACUGCAAGGCACUGCCACUUUAUGAUAAAUCUGGACUCACGUAGUGAAGAUCACAAGGCAAAGUAGAGUUCGUGUGACAGACUGAGUCUUCCUCACUACCUAACUAGAACGUUUCGGCUUUGCUUCUCCCUCUGGUACUGUGCUGACCACCACGAUAUCAUGUGACCCAGAGCUAUGAACGGUGGCCUAGGAGGUCAUACAGUGCCAUCUGUGCCUGUGAAGACCUCACUUAUCCCUGUGACAAGGCCUGCAAACAUGAUUUAAGAAAUGCACUCUUACUAUGUAAUAAAAAUAAUGUGAUUGUUUCUCUGUUUACAAUUUUCAUCUGUCAGACAAGAACAAACUGAAGGUUUGCUACAAAGAUGACAUGCUGUUUCACAUAGAAGUACACAUUCUGCUGAUGUGAGAAUCACAGUGUUGGAAUCUGCAUGCUUGCUGUGUUAACUCCAGCAUGUGAAGGUGUAAUAAUUUUUUGGCAACAAGCUCUUCUGCUGUCUGUUUUGAACAAAUCGUCAUUUGUAGUCAGAACCACUAAAAGUAUCAUGUACAAUGAUUAUAUGCAUGUGCACAUGCAGGCAUACACUCGCAUUAAAACAGAGUGACAACUUA